UCUCGCUCUUCACUCGUGUUCUGUUCUUCUUUGCUUGCCUGCUUCCAGACUUUGACCACCGUGGUACAGCUCUGCGAAUAUUUUCACCCUUGCCCCCCAAAUCCUUACUGUGACCGAGAGACAGAGAGAGAGAGAGAGCGAGCGAGAACCAAGAUCCGAUGGCCGUGGAUACAGUGGAGACCGUCGUCAGCAGGGACGAGACGACGCCGACGACGCCCUACCAGGUAGAGUCGUGGGCGAAGGGGAAGCGCUCGAAGCGCCCCCGCGCCUCCAGCUCUCCCGCAGUCUCCGAGAAGGAUGACGGCCGCAUCCCCACCGAGGAGGAAUUCCUCGCCCUUUGCCUCAUGAUGCUCUCCCGCGGCGUCAGCGGCCGGUCUGACCUCCGCACGGCGGUUCAGGUGGAGCAGCGUGACGGAGGAGGCACCUCUCGGAUAGACCACGCGGUGCCGCCGUCGAAGACUCAGUCCUACGAGUGCUCCGUCUGCGGCAAGGCGUUCCCCUCCUACCAGGCCCUCGGGGGCCACAAAACCAGCCACCGGAAGCCCGUGGCCGCCGCGGCGACCGCCGGAGGUGACGCAGUCACCUCCGCCUCGACUAGCGGCGCUACCUCGGUCCCGGGAAGGGCCCACGAGUGCUCAGUGUGUCACAAGUCGUUCCCGACAGGCCAGGCGCUGGGCGGUCACAUGAGGUGCCACUACGAGGGCGUCAACGCGAGGGCGGCGGCGACUUCGUCUUCCGGGGUGGCGAGCUCGGGGAAGGACCAAGGGUUCGACCUGAACCUGCCGCCAGCGUCGCAGCGGCUGCCGACGAUGGGGUUAAUCGGCGGAGGGUGGGACAAGGAGAAGCGGAAGAAGGAGGAGGAGGAGGUGCUCAGCCCUCUGGCGUUGACCAAUAAGAAGCCGCGUCUCUUGACGCCGUCAACACGCGGCAUAGAAGCAACGCCGCUGACCCUAAUUAGUUUUAUUUGAUGUCUCUUUUAUCGUUACUAUUACAAUUAUUAUUAUUAUAUUUUUUUGUGUAGGUUGAAAAAAACAUUCUUUCAUUGUUUGCUUAAGUUAGAAAUCAAUUUGUUGUUGUAUUACUGCUAGUAUUCAAAUUUGUUUGGUUUGGUUGACUUGGUUUGGUUGACCGGAGAAAGAAGGCAGUAACCAAUGGAAGUUUCUCUU